AUGGAUAAGCAGCGCUAUCUUGUCGUUAUUGUGCGUCCGCCGUCAGAAGUCGCAUUUGCGUCCCCUGGCAGGCGGGCGUCUCUUUUGGUACCUUUCAGCCCUCAAGCAAUCAUUUCGACGUUCAUCGAUGAACUUUGGAAGCGUCUUGCCCGACACGACGGGGCCAUUCCUCUGACCGCCGAGACUCACAACGUCUCCCUCCACCUCGAGCACGAAAAUGGCCCUGCCAUUGAUGCUGAGGAUCUUCUGUCCGAUGUCAUCGUUGACUGUCAAAAGGAGAAGAUUUACGCCGUGUUCUCAAGGAAGCGAAACAGUGCAUCUCAAAUCCAAAGUCCUCGAGUACACAUUCAAUCUUCUACGAUGCUCCCUGGCCUCGCCUCACUUGCUAAUGUUGUUCUUCUGCAGGUAGCCCCAACCUUCAUUCAGACGAGUGAUCGUGAGGAGGGCAGCCUCUCUUUCCGCAUCGUUACCCCAUCGACGGCCGAAGACCGAGACUCAUGUCCCAUCCUGAACGUACCGAUAUCCGCCACUGUCCGCCAGUUACAUCUCUGCAUAGCGAACGCCAUCGGUUGCACAUCUCUACCUCAAGAGAAUGUGGAAGCUUGCGAGUGUAACUGCACCUUGGCCAGGGCCCUGGCUUCGGGACCUUCUGACCCAAGUCAUUUCCUGGUCAUCCACGGCAAGAGUGACGUAGUGAAGUUGCCGCUCGAGGCUGCUACAGUGGGUUCCCUGCAGCAAGCACUCUUCUCCAGAUUUGGCCAGGAUCUUGAGACCAGGAAGAAAAUCACUUACAAUGGCGCAACGCAAGAUCCAGACGACAGCAGGAAUUACACCAAGACGCCCGUUGUCUCAAUCUGCUCCAAGCAACGCCACGUACCAAUUCACGCACGGGUUGACCUCGACGGUAGCGAUAGAAUAAGACCACAGGUACUCGACCUCCACACAUCUGAACUGCCCAUCCAUCCUGCAUGCUUUGAAUCUAGUAUUGAGGCGCUGGGUCUCAGUGCUGUUGCAGUUGAUGGCAUCGUGGAUAUUUUCGCGGUUCUUCGCACCUCUUCUGCCGAGCCCCCUCUCCUGAGAGGGAAGUCUGCCAUAUUUCGGGACUUGGCUCAUUGGGAACCGUCCACUGCCCAGUCUGAUCGAGGUAUGGCAAUGUUCCUGUCUACUCUACGCGUCUUCGCCUCUGUACUGCAGGAUAUGCAGAGCGAAGAAAGUGCCCAAGAUGCCGUGUAUUGGGCCUUUGACGAGCUUACUCGGUUCCCCCCGGCACUUCGUUGCCUGCACAUGCUCGUGAGCGGUCAGACGCCGACAGUCUUUGACUGCGCUGCAAUGAGUCAGUCAUUGUUCGAGGUUCUGAAGACCUACGUGGAGAUGGAUGCAAUUACCCAAGAUCCAGCCCGCCUCUUCGAAGGCUCGCGGCUUGCUUUUGGGUACAUUUUGCAGUCAGCCAAAUCACUUCGCAGAAUGAUGGACGCCAGUGUAUCCGACGGUGAAGACGUGGCGAAUGAGCUGCGUUACACAUUGGCAUUUCAUACUUAUGACAUUCGUGAUCACAAGACUCAUGAGCCGGUCCGUCAGGCCCUCCAGACGUCAAAUGGUUUGGUUGAAGCGAAGCUGUUUAACUCUUUUCAGGAUGAAGGAGUUUUGGCCGCAACCCACUUGCAGUCAUUUCUUGUCGAGGUUGAAAUUGACCCAAGAUUGAGUCGCUUUGCUUUACAAAGCGGUGGCAUCUGUCCCGAGGUAACCGUCUUGUCCUUGAGUGGACUCAGGGACGGCUACGGAUCACGAGCGAAUACUCCCCAUUGCGCUCUUGAUCUUGACCCACUCUGCGACUUAUUACACCUGGCCGAUAUGUGUGGCCGAAACGGCCUCGCUGUGCAUGGGCCCAGUCAACUGACGUCUGCAGCCGAACCAUGUCUUACAUUCGAUCGCAAUGCACACUUGGCAGUCUACACUGGUGAGCAACCAUGUGGCCGGCCGGGUCAUUCCUCCAUUAUUUUCCGACCACAGUAUGGCGAAGAGACAAUCGACCCUUCGGUCAUUGAACAACUCAUCGCACCUAUUAUCAAGACAUACGAGCAAGAGGGAUCCACGGUUUUCGAUGCUUUUGGGGGCGCGGAAGUGAGAAGAUUGCAAGAUCCAGAUGAGAUCAUCAUGUUCUGCGUCGAUUCCAGUGCCAGCAUGCUCGGGGCCACGGAUUUUCGCGAGGUGAAUCAAGAGAGAAUCGACCUUGGCGAACAAAUUCCUGCAGAGGACGAACGUCACAACGCGCUGUCUUUGGAAGAGAGCAAAGUCCGCCUUGUGGCCUACGAGAGCUUUGGAGACAUGAUUGCCAUUAUUGCUAUGGCUUCCGUUCAACUCAAGGAUUGGAUGACGAAAAAGGUUUUAGCCCUCCUCGUAUCUCUCUUAUCUUCCGAGAUCAACAAGAAAUCCGAAGCCUUGGACAAGGAGCGAGGAUCUGCACCUGGGCCCGUCUGGCGUGCGCGAAUAGAUAGCUUGGAGUCUGAUCUGCAAGCGCUAAAGGCCUUCCGUGCUGGUCUGAAGAUCAACGAGGAAGCCCUGACUCAAUUUUUGAGGUUUCGGGCGAGUUGUGUAAACCCAGAUGCUGUCGAGCGGUGGACGUGGUCUGUCGGUGACCCAGUUCCUGCAGUUCCCGGAGCAGCGAUGAUUCCAAUGUUGCCCUACGACGUCACCGAGGUCCCGAGCCACCUCAGAUGUCCAAUUUCCCACAAUUUGAUGGAAGAUGCGGUGGAGGCCUCUGACGGUCAGACUUACUCUCGCAGCGCAAUUCAACAGUGGUUCGCCAUACGCAAGACGUCACCGCUGCACGGUGCGCCACUUGACGACCUCUCACUCACUGUGAGGCCGGACAUUCGAGGCGAAGUGGUCUCCUGGGUUUCUGGCACUGCUGCUUCCGACACUUCCGACGUCGUCACCGUGACCUUUGACAGUCGAGUUGGCUCGUUCACGAGAACUAUUGCUCGUACGACAAGCUCGAGAGAUCUUUACAGACUUGCAUACCGUGGGCUUCACGCGAAGUUUGAAGCAUUUCAACUUUCAGUUCUUGGGAUGGGUACGCUCUCAACGAGCAUGGGCAUCGCCGUGUCAUCCAUAGGGCUGAACGAUUCCGACCACAUCACGGUUAGAAUACCAGAAGAUUCAGAUACCUUGCGGGUAGGAGCGGGGGGAUCUUGUAACGAAACUUCGGAGAUGUGCCUAGUGAAGGUCUUCAGGAGCAAUCUAGAACAGCUCUUCGGAUUCUGGGUUCCUAGAGAUACCACUGAUUCGCUCGCUACGCUCAUUUGGAAGUACUGGCGACACCGGCUGCGCACAAAAGGCCAUACGGAGCCCCGGAUGAAAGAAAUCCAAACAAACAUUACGGAGAGCGGUGAUGGUUGGGUCCAUGUCCAAUAUCGAGAUGCAACUGAAAAACUGGCAGUGUACCUCACACAAGGCCACUGCACUGGACAGCUAGAGCCCGAAGACGCCUGUACGGGGAGUACAAGUAUUCUUGGAUCGCAGUCCAGCCACAAAGUUCUCAAGGUCAUGAUCGGUGAACCUCGGCGGGACUCCUGGAAGCACAGGAUCACACGUCUCGACGUUCUGAAGCAAAUGUUUGAGGCCCUCAUCAAUCGGAUGUUGGCAUACGACUACAAGAACCAUGUCGGACUUGUCAAGUUCUCGAGCCAUGCCCAAGUCGUAAUGCCGAUCUCGCAUGUCUUGGAGAACUUCAGACGAGCUACCAACGAGCUGAAAGCUGACGGUGACACGGCUUUGUGGGAUGCCCUAGCUCUUGCUGGGGAUCAGAUAGAGCAAUACGCGUCCCGAUUCCCCAACGCAAAGAAGCGCAUUGUUGUCAUUUCCGACGGAAGGGAUACCAAGUCGAUCACAAAUACAAGUCACAGCAUCACCUCCAACCUUCUUCGGAAAGGAAUCUCAGCUGACAGUGUAUCUCUUGGUGACGAGGACAACACAGACCUGCGCACACUGUCGUACCUGCUUGGUUCAUAUCGAUUCCAUCCGCCGUCAUUGACUAAUGCGCUUGCGAUCUGCGAGAUGGAGCCUUUCCUGUCUCUUUCUCAAAGACCACCAAUUGUAUUCCCUCGGCAUAACCUGGCCUACUCGCCUGACUUUGAAACUCAGUUUCAUAUGUCGAGACUACACGCAACAGCAACGCUGGUCACGGGUGACACAGUGCCGCCGAUCAGGGAGCAUCCAAAUAUGGAAGACGACUUUGUGCAGUUGAAUGCUCUCGCCUCACGUGGCAAUGCUACCUCUACGGGAGCCGGUGCACCAGCAGGCAACAGCAUGGGUCGCUCGAGGCUGCGCGUGCCACGCCUGAUGAAUGAGAUUCGCACAGUUGCAGCCCGUGGGGUCCACGCCAAAUACGACGUCUACAUCAGCACAGCUGAUGUUUCCUUCUGGAAGAUCGUCGUGGAAGGGCCGGAUGAUAGCCCGUACUCGGACGGAGCAUUCCUGUUAUAUCUCCACGCAGACGACGAGUACCCAAGGCUGGCGCCCAGGGCACGGUUUGUGACGAAGAUCAAGCACCCCAACGUCAACGCCCACGGCAGAAUAUGCCACAGCAUCUUCGACCGCGACUGGACCAGCGAUACGAGCAUGGGUAUCGUCAUUGACACCAUUUACGGACUACUGUACCAGCCUGAGCACAGUGAUCCCGUCAACACGACGACCACGUUGAGAUUCUUCCGCGACCCAGUCGAGUUUGCUGAGGAAGCUCGGGAGCACACUCGGAAGCACGCUUCGAAGACGCGUGAGGAGUGGAAGGCUGAGAUUUUGGGCGAGUGA